UUCACACUCCAUUCUUCUCUAUGUCUUCACGGUUUCUUCUGCUCCAUUCCUCCUCCCCGAAUUCUUCUCUCACGUCGUAAUCCACCCCCAAACCACCCAAUUUCAUCUCCAUAUCCACGUUCUAUUUAUACGUCCACAACCUAAUUGCUUUUGAAAUUUUGAAAUCAAUGCGGUUUUGCAUUUGCAAUCUCCUUUGCCAGAUAAAACCAAGUGAUUCUUCCGAUAAUCUGUGUUUUAGUUCCUAAAUUCAGAUGAGAGCAGCAGUGUGCUUUUCACACUUUCAACUUCCUAAAUGCCAAAUUCAUACCUUUUCUGGUUCUUGGUGGGAAAAGAUUCAUAAUUUCAACAAAAAAAGAUCCAAUAUUUAUGGUCUUCAAGGGGGGAAUACUAAUAGUAGAAGAUGGACCCAAAAAUCAUUAUCAACAAACACAGAAGGAAUUGCGAAGAACAUCUUAAGCAGAAAAACAACCAAUAUUGGCCAACAAAUAACCGAUGUAACAAGUUUUACACACACCAAUUUGAAUACAACUAAAAUAAAAAUCAAUGAAUCUAAAAGCAUUCAUCUUGAACAAAAGAUCUCAGAGAACAAAGAUCUAUCAAAGCUGGUUACCAUUUUUGUGUUUGAUAUUGAGACAACUGGUUUUAGCAGAGAGAAUGAACGCAUCAUUGAGAUUGCAUUGCAGGAUCUUAGUGGUGGAGUAAAUAGUACAUUUGAGACACUCGUAAAUCCUGAUAAAAUUGUUACAAAUCCACAUAUCCAUGGGAUUUCAACCUAUAUGGUCAAUAGACCCGGUAUCCCAAGGAUGAAAGAUUUGAUACCCAUUUUGAUAGAUUAUGUGGAAAGCCGUCAGAAACCCGGUGGUCAAACAUUAUUUAUUGCUCAUAAUGGGAAGGCAUUUGAUGUCCCUUUUUUAAUCAGUGAAUUCAACCGUUGUUCUUUUGAAAUCCCACCAGAUUGGGAGUUCGCGGAUACAAUGACUCUUGCUCGUGAAAUCAUGAAAGUUGAAGGAUCAAAGCUUUCUUCAAAAUCACUUCAAGCACUUAGGGAGUAUUAUGGAAUCCCGGUUAUUGGGAAAGCUCACAGAGCCAUGGCAGAUGUGAAUGUGUUGGCGUUGGUUUUACAGAGGAUGACUUGUGACUUGAAACUUACGGUUUCUGGUCUUCUUGAAAAUUAUGCAUUCACAGCUUCUGAAUUGAGCAAUAAUUCGAAAAAGAAGAAGAAUUCAAGAUGAAGAUUAAAGACCAUGUUGUAGUAGUUUUGUUGUCAGUUGUCAUAGAUUUUUAUAGUAAUGUUGUAACUGGGAUUCUGUUUAUUUAACAAUUAGAAACAGAUUUGGUCAUAAUUUAUUCACCUUUUGGUCUUUUGAACACUAUAUCUCAUAUUUUUAUUGUUACUAGCUUCUUGUUAA